UGAUGUCUCAAGGAGCAGCUGGCUUAAAAACUUCUUGGAAGGAGAAGGAGGGAUCUUUGUUACAGACUUCCGCCCCUCCUCCUGCUUCUGUUCCCUUCCCCUCUGCCCCCUGCAGAGUUUUGUUUCUGGGAAUCAGCAAGCUCUCCCCACCUGGCAGAACUGCUCAGAGCUGCUGUAGAAUUCACCCCAGUUUCCUCUUUCAGUCUGUGGAGUGGGGUCCAGCCUCUUGCUGAGCAAGUUGAGAGGAAUUGGCUGUCUUUGAUCUCCACCUCCAGAAGCAACCUUGACAGGAUCAGAGUCAAGGAAUAUUUUCAUAAUGGACACUUCAUCCAAAGAAAAUAUCCAGUUAUUCUGCAAAAGUUCAAUGCAACCUGUCGGGCGACCUUCCUUAACAACAGAAUAUUCUUCCUCAAAGGAGAAACAACAGUGCUGUGGUGAACUGAAGGUAUUUUUGGGUGCCUUGUCUUUCGUUUACUUUGCCAAAGCGUUGGCAGAAGGCUAUCUGAAGAGCACCAUCACUCAGAUAGAGAGAAGGUUUGAUAUCCCCUCUUCACUGGUGGGAGUUAUUGAUGGUAGUUUUGAAAUCGGGAAUCUCUUAGUUAUAACAUUUGUUAGCUACUUUGGAGCCAAACUUCACAGGCCAAAAAUAAUCGGAACAGGGUGCCUAAUCAUGGGAGUUGGAACACUGCUCAUUGCAAUGCCUCAGUUCUUCAUGCAGCAGUACAGAUAUGAAAAGUAUUCUCCUUUCUCUAAUUCCACUCUGAGCAUCUCUCCAUGUCUCCUGGAGUCAGACAAUCAAUUACCUAUCUCAAUUAUAGAAAAAUCACAAUCCAAAAGAAGUGAUGAAUGUGAAAUUGAUGCCAGCUCUUCCAUGUGGGUUUAUGUUUUCCUGGGGAACCUUCUUCGUGGAAUUGGGGAAACUCCUAUUCAGCCUCUAGGCAUUGCCUACCUUGAUGAUUUUGCCAGUGAAGACAAUUCUGCUUUCUAUAUUGGGUGUGUGCAGACGGUUGCAAUUAUAGGACCAAUCUUUGGCUUCCUGCUAGGCUCAUUAUGUGCCAAACUGUAUGUUGACAUUGGCUUCGUAAACCUAGAUCACAUAACCAUUACUCCCAAGGAUCCUCAGUGGGUAGGUGCCUGGUGGCUGGGUUAUCUAAUAGCAGGAAUUGUAAGUCUUCUUGCAGCUGUGCCUUUCUGGUGUUUACCAAAGAGUCUACCUAGACCCCGAAGUAGAGAGGAUUCCAAUUCUUCCUCUGAGAAAUCCAAGUUUAUUAUGGAUGAUCGCACAGAGUACCAAACACCCCAUGGAGAAAAGUCAAAAAUAAUGGAAAUGGCAAGAGAUUUUCUUCCAUCACUAAAGAAUAUUUUUGGAAAUCCACUGUACUUGUUAUAUUUGUGUGCGAGCACUGUUCAGUUCAACUCUUUAUUUGGAAUGGUAACCUAUAAACCCAAGUACAUUGAGCAACAGUAUGGGCAGUCAGCCUCCAAGGCCAACUUCGUUAUUGGGCUCAUCAAUAUACCUGCAGUGGCCCUUGGAAUAUUCUCUGGGGGAAUAGUUAUGAAAAAAUUCAGAAUCAGUCUGUAUGGAGCUGCAAAACUCUACUUGGGAUCAUCUGUUCUUGGGUACCUCCUAUUCCUUUCCCUGUUUGCACUGGGCUGUGAAAAUUCUGAUGUGGCAGGACUAACUAUUUCCUACCAAGGAACCAAACCUGUCUCUUAUCAUGAACGAGCUCUCUUUUCAGAUUGCAACUCAAGAUGCAAAUGUUCAGAGACAAAAUGGGAACCUGUGUGUGGCGACAAUGGAAUCACAUAUGCAUCGGCAUGUCUCGCUGGCUGUCAGACCUCCACCAGGAAUGGACAAACUAUGAUGUUUUAUAACUGCACCUGUGUGGGAAUUGCAGCCUCAAAGUCAGGAAAUUCCUCAGGCGUGAUGGGCAGAUGUCAAAAAGAUAAUGGAUGUCCCAAAAUGUUUCUGUAUUUCCUUGUAAUUUCAGUCAUCACAUCCUAUACUUUAUCCCUAGGUGGCAUACCUGGAUACAUAUUGCUUCUAAGGUGCAUUAAGCCACAACUUAAGUCUUUUGCCCUGGGAAUCUACACCUUGGCAAUAAGAGUUCUUGCAGGAAUCCCAGCUCCCGUGUAUUUUGGAAUUUUGAUUGACACUUCAUGCCUCAAAUGGGGAUUUAAAAGAUGUGGAAGUAGAGGAUCCUGCAGAUUAUAUGAUUCAAAUGCUUUCAGACACAUAUAUCUGGGACUAACUGUGAUGCUGGGCACAGUGUCUAUUUUCCUAAGUAUUGCAGUACUUUUCACUUUAAAGAAAAAUUGUGUUUCAAAACAUAGAAGCUUCAGAACCAAGAGAGAAGGAACAAUGGUGUCUACAACAAUCAGGAAGGAAAACUGUACUACAGAUGAUCAUUUGCUACAACCCAACUACUGGCCAGGCAAGGAAACACAGCUUUAGAAAGAUUACGACUUGAAGCCAUGUUUUCUAAUUUCUGGAAAUUCUGCAAAUAGAUUUCAAUCUAAAGGGUUUUUAAAGUGUAAUUUUUUUUCUUCUUUCAAAAGAUGUCUUGGAUUUUGACCCUAAGUAUUAGAUGACGUAUCUGAUAACAAAUAUAAUUAAACAUAUAACAGACAAUGUAGAUAAUAAAGUUCAUCUAAACCUUUUAAUUCAUUAUAUUAUUUAUAUAAAUUACUUAUAUUAUUUACUCGUCCUGCUAAAUUUUGCCUUGUGCCCAUUGAUAUAGUAGCCGUAUUUCUAGUAGAACAAGUGUCCUAAUAGUCUAAUGGCUGUGUGUAAUUUCUAAACUGAGAUACUUGUCAAGGGGGAGAGAAUACUGUUAAAAAAUUAAAUUAUAUCUUGGCCUCCUUUAAAUAUGACCUUAAUGCAGAUGCUAGGAUAGAGUCAGAACAUGUAGAGAAAGAUAUUUUUAAGCUCUUCCUUUUUUUUUUUUUUUUGGAAUACAGUAAUUGAUACAGAAAUGUAUAGUGGCAAAUAAUCUUGGGAGAUUAGAAUUUUGGAUUAUUACCUAUUCUACCAUUCAUUAUAUGUGCAUUGUGUGUGAUGCUUAAAGUGACCAUGGUGGUAAAGUAAUAAAAUUAAUAUUAACAUGCUUUAUUGUCCUUCUAUAAAUUUAGUGGAUUAAAAAUAUUGUUAAUACAAUACUGUCCCAAUUUGAAUGUAAGUUGUUCCACAUGUAUGCACGUGACGUGAUCCUAAAACAUAUUUGAAAGUUGAAUUUCUGAAAGUACAGUAGCCGUAGGUGUUAUAACAGGAAUGCAGACUGAGGGGUUGAGUGAUGGUGUGGUUCUUGGGUGCUCUAACUGGCACUCAUCACAGGGCCUAAUAGUUUCUGGGCAGGCUGCUGACACUGCUGCGGCCUGCCAGAUAGCUCUCUGUUUCUGGACAACUGAAUAAGUCAGGGCAGCCCUUUCCUCUUUGCGGGCUUCCUGGUGCUCCUCUGAGAAGAUAUAGUAGGCUCAGCAGUCCACCAUCUUUAAUCGUCAGCUCUAUUAUGUACUAUAUUUUUCUGUCUCCACCACAGCUGCAUAAGAGGGGCUUGGGCCUCACAAGAAAAGCAGAAUUAAGGUAGAGACCGCCCCAGUGGAAUCUCGAAAUUGUACUGCAAUUAUUAGCAGCCUAUACAACAAACAGAAUGUGCAAUCAGGAAACUCCCAAAAAUAAGUUUUUUGAGGAGUUUCUUGGAGCCUAUGUCCAACAAGAAGGUCUAGCUCAAAAAGGUAAUAGUCUUCAACAAUGGAAGGAUAAUAUAGUACAAACAAAAUAGUUUGCUGUCUUUUCAU